GUUCCCCUGUGUCCGGUCCGACCUUCCUGCCCCGCAUAAGACACCCGCCUCUGGAGCAGCCGGUACCAGUGGAGUCCCGAGCCCCGGGAGUCCUCGCAUCGCUGUUGGCCAGAGCGACUCGGCGGAAAGCUAUGGAGGCAGCAAAGGGGCGAACUGUGUUAGUAUUGGCUAUUAUGGUGCCUCUGGUGGCACCCUACCAGAACCAGCUAUACAGUAAGUAUGACAGGAUGUCUGCCAUAAUGACAGAACCGUCGUUGAAUGACACUGAUGACAGCUACUACAACCAUGUCUACCAUGGCCGUGACGGUGCGAUCCCGCAUAUCUCUGUGUACAAUUUCUAUGGGGAAGAUAAAGUCAAAAAUUAUGGUGAAUAUAAGAAUAAAGGCAAAGAAGAAUCGGGAAUCCUCCCAGCCCAGCUCACCUCUAUCAACAGAAAGAAUAGCAACGAUAAUUAUAAGGGCACCGGCGAAGCACUUUCCGAGCCCAAAAUGCCACACUCCGAAGAAUGGUCUGGUGAUGGUUUCGGGUCACCGGUGACCAAAGGGCUCCAAAGCACGAAUUAUAAUUUCUCGGGUUUGGCCUGGUGGAAAUCCAAGCUUAUAGAAAGGAACCCCAGACUGCUUACUGUUCUAUAUCACCAAGAAUGGAUGCUACUGAAGAAGAACAUAUCAUACGAGAUCGGAAAAGAUGUCGAGAAUCUCUACCAGGACAAAGUGAACCACCGAAGUGCAGAUCUAGCACCAAAAAGGAUUCGCCGGGAUGAUCGUCGCUCCUCUAAUAUGCACCUGUACACUAGACAGUCUCCUGACAAUAAAUAUCCAGUUAAAACGAUGCCAGUUAUAUCCAAUAUGGGCUUGUGGAAGGGGAUCCCAUUAGCGAACCGCACGAAGAUCCCAAAGGGCAGCAAGCAAAAAAUCAGGAAGCAAAACAACAGCACAAGCAGCAGUAGCAGCAGCAGUAGUAGUAGCAGCAGCGAAGAAGAUAGUAAAGUGAAGCCAUUUAUAUCCAAUAUGGGCUUGUGGAAGGGCAUCCCAUCGGCUAACCGCACGAAGAUCCCAAAGGGCAGCAAGCAAAAAAUCAGGAAGCAAAACAACAGCACCAGCAGUAGUAGCAGCAGCAGUAGUAGCAGCAGCGAAGAAGAUGGUAAAGUGAAGCCAUUUAUAUCCAAUAUGGGCUUGUGGAAGGGGAUCCCAUUAGCGAACCGCACGAAGAUUCCAAAGAGCAGCAAACAAAAAAUCAGGAAGCAAAACAACAGCACCAGCAGCAGUAGUAGCAGCAGUAGCAGUAGUAGUAGCAGCAGUAGUAGCAGCAGCGAAGAAGAUGGUAAAGUGAAGCCCUUUAUAUCCAAUAUGGACUUGUGGAAGGGCAUCCCAUCGGCGUACCGCAAGAAGAUCCCAAAGAGCAGCAAGCAAAAAAUCAGGAAGCAAAACAACAAUACCAGCAGCAGUAGCAGCAGCAGCGAAGAAGAUGGUAAAGUGAAGCCAUUUAUAUCCAAUAUGGGAUUGUGGAAGGGCAUCCCAUCGGCGAACCGCACGAAGAUCCCAAAGGGCAGCAAGCAAAAAAUCAGGAAGCAAAACAACAGCACCAGCAGUAGUAGCAGCAGCAGUAGUAGCAGCAGCGAAGAAUAUUAUAAGGUGAAGCCAUCUAUAUCCAAUAUGGGCUUGUGGAAGGGCAUCCCAUCGGCGAACCGCACACAGAUCCCAAAGAGCAGCAAGCAAAAAAUCAGGAAGCAAAACAACAGCACCAGCAGUAGUAGCAGCAGCAGUAGUAGCAGCAGCGAAGAAUAUUAUAAGGUGAAGCCAUCUAUAUCCAAUAUGGGCUUGUGGAAGGGCAUCCCAUCGGCGAACCGCACACAGAUCCCAAAGAGCAGCAAGCAAAAAAUCAGGAAGCAAAACAACAGCACCAGCAGUAGUAGCAGCAGCAGCAGCAGUAGUAGCAGCAGCGAAGAAUAUGAUAAAGUGAAGCCAUUUAUAUCCAAUAUGGGCUUGUGGAAGGGCAUCCCAUCGGCGAACCGCACGAAGAUCCCAAAGGGCAGCAAGCAAAAAAUCAGGAAGCAAAACAACAGCACCAGCAGCAGCAGUAGCAGCAGCAGCAGUAGUAGCAGCAGCGAAGAAUAUGAUAAGGUGAAGCCAUUUAUAUCCAAUAUGGGCUUGUGGAAGGGCAUCCCAUCGGCGAAACGCACAAAGAUCCCAAAGGGCAGCAAGAAAAACAGCAGCAAGCAAAACAGCAGCAGCAGUAGCAGCAGCUGCAGUAGUAGCAGCAGCGAAGAAUAUGAUAAAGUGAAGCCAUUUAUAUCCAAUAUGGGCUUGUGGAAGGGCAUCCCAACGGCGAACCGCGCGAAGAUUCCAAAGGGCAGCAAGCAAAACAGCAGGAAGUAAAAUAGCAGCAGCAGCAGCAGCAGCAGCAGCAGCAGCGAAGAUGAUGAUAAAAGUGAGUAAAGCGAAGAAUAUGAUUAGCUGAAAGUUGGUAUGGGAUCAGUGGAAGAAAGAGAUGUCCGAUGACGACCUGCAGAAGUCUCAAGAAGUUCAUGGCAAUCACACGUAAUGAUAAUAAAUCAACGGAAGUCUAAGCCCGGACUCCUGGUUGGUGACUUCCCGCUGCAUGCUGGCAUUCUGCAGGUAGCCACACUUGCUGGUGUGUGACCUGUGCUUGCUUCUCCAACUUUCUGAGCCUGUAACAUCGCAGGAUUAAUGCCCCUACUUUUAAUAACAUUUUGACUGAGAUUGUUUUAUGUUGAUGUUUUCUGAAUAUUUCAUAAUUAUUAUUUACUCAUGUUUCUUCUAUUAUGUAUAGUAAUUUAAGUCAUUUUUUUGGUGCUAUAAUAUUAUUGUUGAGUUGGGUUGGAUUCUAUUUAAAGCUGAAAGUAGUGUGUUAUAUUAGUAUUGGUUUCAUUGUAAUUUACUUAAUCGCUUAAAAUUAACAUGUGUAUUAAGUACAUUUUGUCAAAUUUUAAAGCUUAUUCUGGGUGGCAAGACUUAACAUUUUAGAACAUAUUAAUUUCAGCUAAUUAUAUGUGUUUUAAUUUUUUUCCAAGCUAUAUCAAUUCAAAGUUAAUUCAACAUUACCGAUAUGUUUCUAGGUAAAAUAAUUUCUAGGGAAUUAUUUCGGGAUAUACAUAAUUAAUUAGAUUGGGUACUGUCGCCUAUAAAGUUUCUAAUGUUUCAAAAAAUACCGUUAAUUUUAGUUUUUUUUUUUGAAAGUUUUAGUAUGGUAACUAGUGUUUUCUUAAUUUCUUAUCACAAACGAAGCCAUCAGCUAUAUAAUUAGGGUCAUAUGAAAAACAUCUGUAUGUGGGACACUAGCCUUUACGGUUUCCUAUUUAAGGUGUUUGUGACGGAGUAGGGACAUCAAGCCCUAUUUCUAGAUGGGAAGUUUUUUUUACUGUAAGUUGCUUCCGCCGAGGAGUCUGGCCGCAGCCGGUUCAACUGGUAGCGAAAGCCGUUUACGGGUCUGCGAUUUACUUCCGAAUCUCACUGGAUUUUUCACGCCGUCAUGGCUUAACUUCGCCUCCCGUGUUUCGCCCGUGCGUUCUGGUUAGGGAAAAAAGGGGGUAGGUGAGAGGUACCAAAAUAUUUUUUUAGGCGAGAGCAGCACGAGAAGGGGCAGAACCAUCCGAUUCAGUUUUGAUUCCUAUAGGAUAUUAUAGCAAAUUCUUCUCUAAAACAGACUCAUCGUCUACUGUGGCUCCAUCAACAGUAAUCUGUAGUCUUUAUAUGUUUUACCCAUUUCUCUGAAUGAACAUUUCGUGGCUACAAUAUUUCACCGUCGUAUUUUUUUUUUGCGAAUUAUAGCCAGUUAGCACGUUGUAUUUUCACUGCUGAAUUACUUACGUAUUUAAUAAAGCAUACAUCCUGUAUCAUUAGGAGCAUCUGCUAAGUUUAUUUAGCUGCUAAAACAUUUUGAAUUUCAUUACAAUUAAUUUAAAAAAUAAUAAUUUUACUAGGGGAAGAAUUAGUUCUGUGUAUCAUAUAUAUUAUGUGUCAUAGCUUUUAAAAAAAAUUAUUAUUAUUAUUAUUUUCUUUUGGAUAUAUGUAGAGUAGUGUAUUGCGUGUGUGCUAUUGUUUCAUGCUGAUCUUACUUAAAGUAAAUAUAAUUAAAAAAAUUUGAAGAUAAGGUGUGUUGUGUUGUCAUUGAAUUUAAUUUUAUGUGUAAGUUAUUACUUUUAUUUUACUGUUAUUUAUACUGAUCUUACGUUGUUACUUAUUGCUACUGAUUCACCUGCAAAUAUUUAUUUAAGAGAAUACAGAACUCGGUAUGUAGCGUGGAAUUACUCGCCUAUUAAAUACACUUUGCUUGAAACAACUACAAUUUUAUUAAUUUACAAUAAAUAAAUCUACAUACGCAUUAUAAUUAUACGAAAUUACAACAGGUCUGAAUCACUUCAAUAGAAGUAUCAAGUGUUUGAGGUAAUUGUAACAUACUGGUCAGACUUUGGCGGCUUGGUCGUGUUUACCUUCAGAUAUUUGAAAUAACUUAGCUUUCUAAAUGCAGUAACAAAGCGCAAUUCAAACGUUUGCAGUUUUUCUACUAACAUAUUGGCCAUAACUGUUUUGUAGUCACAUUAAUGUUGUGACAAAAAUUCAUGGAAACGGAGUGGUGUGAAGGAAAACAACGCAACGAGACAAGAGGUCACGCGAAAAACAGACGCCUGAUGCAAAAAUAACAUUACAAAAUGUAAUUUCUUUGACCUCGAAUGAAACUCCUUGAUUUUAAAGUAGCCACUGUACCAAGUGUGUCAAUUUCUGUCUCUAGGCAAGUUCUGCAACUAUGUAGUUGGUCCAAUGUAAGGGGAUCUACUUAUGUGGUGCUAACAGUUUAGUUUUUGCAAUAAGACGGUCAAACAAUUACUAUAUAUUUCAAUACAUUAAUUUUGUUGGGUGCUAGUGGUUAAUGUUAAAAUUUAGUUAUAAAAAAAUAAUAGAAGUAAUUAAUAAAUAUGAACGUAUU